ACCAUGAAUAUAGGUCUUCUACUUAUUUUUUCACUGACUACAGGUCGUGCAAUGGCAAUGUUGUUGCCAGUGCCCAACUGCUACUCAAAUAGUUUAUCUCCAAUGGAUAAAGAUCUUCAACGAAAAAACAACUAUAACAUUUCCAUCAAAGAAUACCAAUUUGGUAUUGGAUGUGCAGGAGGAUGGGUCAAGUUCAACUGUAAAAACCCUUGCGUUAGCUGCUUCCCAAUGGUCAGAACAAAAAAGAUCCCAAACGAGGCUAAAAAUGUUACUGUUGUUGUGGUUAAAGAUCUCCAACAAAAUGACAACUUUAACAUUUAUACUGGAAAACAUGAGCAGAAAAUACAAAUUGUGAAUUGCAGUCUACCGCAGAUUAACCACGUUGCCCCCAGUAAAUCACAGACUACAAUUGGAUGUGGCUUCCCGGCUUCCAGAGAAAAUGACCAACAAAUAUUUUUAUACAAAGAAACAAAUGAUUUUGAUCGUAAAGAUGUUAAAACAAUCAACAAGCACGCAAAUUACACACUGAACUCCACUGGUUUGUAUAUCACCUUCACUGAGGUCACUUUAGAAGACCAAGGCACGUACUGGUGUGUGGUACAAGGAGAUAACUUCAACUGGACUUACAGAAGAGUGUUUUUCACUGUUCAUGCAGACACAUCGACAGACCAGGACAACAUGCAGAGAAUGGUUCGGAUUGUAACAGGAGCGAUGAGUGUAACUGUGAUGUUACUGACGCUGGUUGCUGUCAUUAUGGUUCUAAAACAUUGCAAAAGAAGAAAUGACUCUUCAGAGUGGAAUAGAACGGAAGACAAUGUCUAUGAGGAGAUCCAGCAUCCAGACACAGGAGGCGGAUUGACCACGGUGUACGCCACAGCUGAGUCCUGUAAAGAGUCUCUUCAUUUUGUGAGGCUGGAUUUUGGAAAAAGUCCCAAAGCUCUACAAAGCCCAAACCAAGCGCCUCCCAUCAUGAAUACAGCGCUGUGUUCACUAAGAGGAAGGACAAAUGAACCAUGUCCUCCACAACAACAGGGAGAUGCACUCCAAUCUUAAGCCACAGUAGUAGAGGCUGUAUUUUUAUUUAUUUUUUUGUAUUAUUGAUUCUUUGGCUCAUUUUUACAGAUAAUUUCUAUAUUAUAGGUGCACUAUGCAAGUUUUCUGGUUGAGGAUCAUGAAAAUUUUCCACAGUAUAGUACCUUUUUUCUCACACUUUGAACCCUGCGGCUAAUAAAACGAUGCGGUUAAUAUAUGGACAGAUUAUUUGUUUGGCACAC